UCACAAAAGAAGGACGCGCAGGCACGGAUGGAAGCGGGACACCACUGCUGCGACCGGCCGACGCCGGCGGCCAUCGGCGUGGCACGGAUCCUGUGACCUUCCGAGACCGCCACGUGGAUCAGAUCAGAGGAGACUCAGGCGAAAGAGGAACUUUUAAUUUGUUCUGAUGGAGGAAGCGGGGGAAGAGGAAGAGGAGGCGGCGGUGGUGGCGUGCGAGUGCUGCGGCCUGACGGAGGAGUGCACGGCCCGGUACAUCGCUGACGUGCGCGCGAGGUACGGCGGGAGGUGGAUCUGCGGCCUCUGCGGGGACGCCGUCGCCGAGGAGCUCGGCCGCGGCGUCUCGCCGGUCGAGGCGCUCGACCGCCACGUCAGCGUCUGCCGCGCGCGCCGGGCCUCCGCGCCGCCGUCGCCCGAGGACAACGCAGGGGACCUCAUCGCCGCCGUGCGCGUGCUGCUCCUGCGCCGCCUCGGCUCGCCGCUGACGACGCCGCCCAGGAGGGUCAGGUCCACGCCCAGCAGCCCCGGGCGCGCCUCCGCCGAUGCCGACGCCGACGCGCCCGCGGCCGGCAGCGGGAUCGCGCUCGUGCGCACGGGGAGCUGCUUCGCGGCGCUGCUCGAGUGACAAGGGCUGGGCCAUGCCUGCGUGCUGCGCGGAGCUCCUCUUGGGUUCCCAAGACCCAAGGAAGGAAAGAAUCUUUGGCUCUCUUGCUGCUAGAGUGCUAGUACUAUCUUGUGUUUAGAUUUAGUUCCCCUUUGUAGAAAUUAAGAGAAAUAGUAAUUCUGAGCUCGGAUAGGCUGUUGCAGUCUUGCUGCCUUGAAAGUUUCUCUGUGUAAUACGAGUACGGGUAGGCUGGACUGGUUCGCGCGACCAAUUUCUCAGGCAAAAUGGCGGUUUGACUUCGCUAAAUGAUCAAAAACAAAAUCACAUCAAAAGGAGGUUGCUAAUGCACACGCGUUUUCACUCA